AUAUACCUUAAAUAAAUUUAUAUACCUUAAAAGUUUUAAAAAAUGGUUAUUUUAUAUAGUAAUUAAAUUUAUUACAGCUUUAAUGUUUAAAUUUAUACUAAAAGUUCCAAAUGGUAAAAUAAAUAAUAACUAUAUAAGAGAAAAAUUUAAAAUGAUUUUAAAAAAUAAAGAUAAAUAAAUAAAAGAGUGACCGGCCCUUCAACUUAAAAAACAAGAAGUUUUGAAAAGAAAUUUUUUCAAUUAAUAUAACAACGAUCAAAAUGAUACAAACAAUCGAGUGUAACCAUUUAGUUGGACGUACAGAUCUGGCAGAACAUUUAGAUAUUGAGAGAAAAAGUAAACUUUUAAAUAAUUCAAAUAUUCAUACAAUAUCAUCGUCGAAAAUAAAUAAAUUAACAACACCUCCUCCACCACCGCCACGUAGAAUUAAAAAAAUUGUCGAAAAAAAUACUGAAGAAUUAAGUGAAAAAAAUAUUAAAGAGGAACAAAAUACAAAAAACGAUCAGAAUACAGAAAAUGAAGCUUCAAAUUUUGAUCCAAAAGAACAACAAUUUAUACAAGAACGUGUCCAAAAAUUAGUAAGACGUUUUUCACAACGUACAAAUAAUGCAAAAAUUUCAAUAAAUUUACCAAUAGCAACAAGUAGUAAUGAAAAUUCACCAAGAAAAAUUAGCACAACAUCACAAAUAUCAAAUCAUUUUGAUAAUAAUAAUAAAGAUGAUAAAGAUGAUGAUAAUGAUGAUAAUAAACCAAAUGAAAAUAAUCAAAAUAUAUCAAAAGAUAAUUCGAAUGCAAAAUUAUUUGAAGCAGAUGAUGCAUCAUUACAAAAUGAAGCAUCUAAAUCAUGCACAAAAUUAUGUAAAUUUCGUCAUUUAUUUUCAGGUGUCUUAGAUCCACAAGGGAAAUUUUAUAUAUCAUGGUUAUGUAUAGUAUCAGUAACAUUUUUAUAUAAUGCUUGGGUAAUACCAUUACGAUCAGCAUUUCCAACACAAACAGAAGAGAAUACAAGUAGUUGGUUAAUAGCAGAUUUUUGUGCUGAUUCAAUUUAUUUAAUUGAUGUUUUAUUUGUUAAACAUCGUGUUAUGUAUUUAUUUGAGGGAUUUUGGGUUAAAAAUAAAGAUUCGACUAGAAAGAAUUAUAUGAGAAAAUUACAAUUUAAGCUUGAUUUAUUAUCAUUAACACCAUUGGAUUUAAUGUAUUUUAAAUAUGGAACCGAAGCUGUAUAUUUUAGAUUUCCAAGAUUAUUAAAAAUUCAAAGCUUUUGGGAAUUUUUCAAACUUUUAGAUAGACUAACGUCUUCACCACAUAUUGUUAGAAUAUCGAAAACUUUAACAUACAUGCUUUACAUGAUACAUUUAACUGCAUGUUGUUAUUAUCUUUAUAGUAAAUAUCAAGGCCUCGGCUCAAACAGAUGGGUAUUUAGUGGAAAAGGACAUCCGUACGUUAGAUGUUUUGCUUUUGCUACGAAAACUGCUACUUCUAUUGGAAAAAAUCCAAAACCAAGUACUGAAGGAGAAUAUAUGUUUAUGACAGCCGCUUGGUUAAUGGGAGUUUUUGUAUUUGCCUUAUUGAUUGGUCAAAUUCGUGAUAUCAUUAGUACAGCAACUCGAACUAAAAAUGAAUAUCGUCAAUUAGAAGAUGAAACUUUGGCUUAUAUGAGAAAUUUAAAUUUACCAAGUGAAAUGCAAAGAAGAGUUAAAAUGUGGUUUAAAUUUACAUGGGACCAACAACGAACAUUAGAUGAAAGUCAUAUUACAGAUGCAUUACCAAAUAAUUUAAAAACAGAUAUCGCAAUUUCUGUACACAUUCAAACCUUAUCAAAAGUUCAAUUAUUUGCUGAUUGCGAACAAGCUUUAUUACGAGAUCUCGUUCUUAAAUUGAGGGCUGUAACAUUUUUGCCAGGUGAUUAUGUUUGCCGUAAAGGUGAAGUCGGCAAAGAAAUGUAUAUUGUUAAAUUAGGCCAAGUUCAAGUUAUGGGCGGAUCUGAUAAUAAACUUGUUUUAGCUACAUUAUCAGAAGGUUCUGUAUUUGGUGAAAUUAGUUUAUUAGCAAUGAAUGGUGCUGAAGGAAAUCGGCGUACAGCUGAUGUUAAAUCAAAAGGUUUUUCAAAUUUGUUUGUACUUUCGAAAAGUGAUUUGAAUGAAGUGAUAACAUAUUACCCAAAUGCCCAAGCAAUAUUAAAAAAACGUGCAAGAAGUUUAAUGCGUAAAAAUGCGGCACGUGAAAAAGAAGAAGCAGCACAAAAUUAUAAAGCUGAAGUAAUAAUAGGUAAUAAAUGUGAUGGUAAUCCACCAGCAAAGAUUGUUAUAACGAAAGCAUCAAGGAGAAGAAAAAGAAAAGAUCGUGAUAGGGAUAGGGAUAGAGAUAGAUCAAAAGAAAUACGAGAUAAAGAAAAUGAUAUGCAAAAUGGCUUUAAUAAAGAUUUUGAAUCGGAAAAUAUUUUAUCUGGUUGUAAUGUUGGGCGUAAUUCGAUUUCUUCAGAACUAUUAAUGUCAAUACAAAAUGAAUUAAAUAAAGAAAAUGAAGAAAAUGGUAUAGAAAAUCAAUGUUGUGAUGUAAAGGAAGGAGAAGCAGAUGGUUAUGGUGAAACCAAUAUAGAUGAUUCAAAUAAUACAGUAGUUUAAAAAUGCGAUACUAUGUAAAUUAAAAUCAUAGGAUUUUCACAAAAAAUAGAACACAAAUUUUCAAAAUUCAAUGUAAAAUUUCAUAUUGUGUCAAAAAUAAUUAUUUUAAAAAUUUUUAAUUAAAUUUGUAUCUAUUUAUGUAUAUUGUGAUGAUUAAACAUAAAUGUUUAGUGCUAAAACGAAUUGUAAAAUAAGUUGAAAAAAAAAAAUUUUAAAGGAUCAACUUAUGGUCUUUUUUAAAACAUUUGCAAAUUCACUAAUACAUAUAUACAUAAGUAUUUGUUCUAAGAUUUUAAAAAUCAAUAAAAUAACUACGCGGGGAUUAACUAUAAAUGAACAAGGCUCCAUAAUACUGUAAUCGCUUUCAAUUUAAGAAUCUGUUUGUUUUUAAAAUUCAAAAAUGUCUUCUUUAAAAUUACGCAAUGAUAGUUUUCUUCUCUAUAGUUUUACGCUUUUAAGUUUACUUAUAAUGCUCUGAAAAUAUUCAAUUAAAUUUCAUCCAACCAAUUUCAGAGUACCUAAAAAUGAAUAAUAAUUAUUAUGAAUAUCUAUAAAAAAUUCUUUUAGUACUAAACUGUGCCUAAUCAAUUUUAAAAUGUAUAUAAAUGUAUGCAAGUGCAAAAAAAAUCAGCCAAUUACAUACAGAUAAAUAUUUUAAUGUAACUAAUAAAUUCUUUUUAUAAUUUUGAAAAUUUUUAAUAACACAAUAAAAGAAUGGAAUAUUAAAAAACAUAAUUUGAUAUUAAGUUAUAAACGAGAAUCAAAAUAAACACUAUAAAUGUAAUAAAAAAAAAAGAAAAAAAUAUUUUUUUUUUGUAAAAUGUUUCAGCACUGAAAUUAUGUUUGUUAAUUUGUUUG